GUGUUCGUUCGUUCUUCUUCGUGUGCUGUGUGAGAAAAAAAUCUACCAAAAAACAGUAAAAAAUAGAAACGAGGCUCACACAAUACAUUUCUGCAAAAUAUAAUAGUGUUUAGCCAAAUUUUUUACAAAACGAAUGAUAUAGUCGGAAAGUAAAAAAGCUAAAUUUUAAGUUGAAAAAACAAACCCACCAAUCAACCGAACGACGACCGACCAACGCUCCAUACAAAUACAAUAAAAAAUAGAAGCAGCAGCAGCGAAGAGAACAAAAGAAAAAAUAUGGUUGACAUAAUAAAUAUUGACAGCAUCAUAUCGCGGCUCUUGGAAGUGCGUGGGGCUAGGCCUGGCAAAAAUGUCCAGUUGUCGGAGAGUGAAAUACGAGGACUAUGUCUCAAGUCGCGUGAGAUAUUCUUGUCGCAGCCAAUACUGUUAGAGCUAGAGGCCCCAUUGAAAAUUUGCGGUGACAUUCACGGUCAAUACUACGACUUGCUGCGCCUGUUCGAGUACGGAGGUUUUCCACCCGAAUCGAAUUACUUAUUUUUGGGCGAUUAUGUCGAUCGUGGAAAGCAAUCAUUGGAGACGAUCUGUUUGCUCUUGGCCUACAAGAUAAAGUAUUCGGAAAAUUUCUUCUUAUUGCGUGGUAAUCACGAAUGUGCCAGCAUUAAUCGUAUUUAUGGCUUCUAUGACGAAUGCAAACGUCGGUACACAAUUAAAUUGUGGAAGACCUUUACCGACUGCUUCAACUGUUUACCAGUGGCGGCCAUUGUUGACGAAAAAAUAUUCUGUUGCCACGGCGGUUUGAGCCCCGAUCUCUCUUCGAUGGAACAGAUCCGAAGAAUCAUGCGUCCCACCGACGUGCCAGAUCAGGGUUUGCUGUGUGAUUUGCUAUGGUCCGAUCCCGACAAAGACACUAUGGGCUGGGGAGAGAACGACCGUGGUGUCAGCUUUACAUUUGGAGCUGAGGUUGUAGGAAAAUUCUUACAGAAGCACGAAUUCGAUCUUAUCUGUCGUGCUCAUCAAGUGGUUGAGGAUGGAUACGAGUUCUUUGCCAAACGACAGCUGGUCACAUUGUUUUCGGCACCCAACUACUGUGGAGAAUUCGAUAAUGCAGGCGCCAUGAUGUCCGUUGACGACACUCUUAUGUGCUCCUUCCAGAUCCUGAAGCCAGCCGACAAACGUAAAAAGUAAAUUAACCACAGAGACAUGAAUGCAUCAAAAUACUUCCUCCUUCUCCUCCCCCAUAUCUGCAUCAUUCAAUAAAACAUACAAAUUCUUUCAAUUAACUCCGCGAGCAUAUUCACUUCAAUAGACACGAUCAAAGCGUUGAUUUAUUAACAUAACUUUGUUUUUAAUUUUUAUUAAACGUUUUCUGACCAACAUUAAAUAUUUUGAUAUUGCUCCGCAAGCGUUUUGUUCUGGACAUUCAUUUUAAGUAUUCAUUGAAGCAUGUAAGGUAGGAACCAAGUAAAAAAGCAAA